GGAAGACUCAUCUCCACAUGCUAGAAUUUGGAUUGUCUGAAGUCUAUAAUAAUAUUAUUACUCUUAGCAUAGAAUUCGUUCCGGUAAUUAUUGGCAUACUAUUGUGAUACUUGAAAUACCUUAACAAAUUUCACUUUCAGCUUUUUCUCAGUGCUUUCCUUUCUGAUAUAUAAUUCACGAUUCAUGCACUCAGCUUUCAAAUAAUUUCCUUUAUACUAUUACCAGUCUUAUGAUGGAGAAAUUAUUCUGUGCGGAGAUCAGACACAAAACUCCAUUCGGAGACCAACCAAAAUGUGCCAUGUCAGCGGUACCGAGUAGUACUGAGCUAUGGUAAUAAGCAUAAGAGUGAUGUGGCGCAUUCUGGUUGGUCUCCGAAUGGCCGGACAGCGUUCGGUGUCCGCACAAAAUAAUUAAUCCUUAUUAUUUAUGAUGAGGCUACUUUAUAUUCAUAAAAAGUUCAUAUUUCAGCAAACAGGCAUUUGAUUGAGGGGGCAUUGAAAGCAAGGGGACAGCCGUUCACUUCAUUGAGUUCAAUGCAAUAAUCUGAAGCUCUUUCCUUCAAUAAUUAUCUUCCUCCAUGCUUCUGUAACCAGUUUCUAUAAAAUGCUUCCACCCUCUUUUGCUCAUUCUCAUUCAAACUAAGUUUUCUCUAAUACUAAAUCUUAUCGAAUGGAAAAGGGCUUUACACAGAUGAAUAUUGAUGAGUGGGAGCUUCUCUGUCACAAAACUUCUCACACAUUUGUUCAGGAGUUAGUGCUUCCUUCUAAGGCAAUGGAAGAAGAACUGCUGAGUCUGGGAAGCAAUAUCAAGCAGCAGGAUUUGACUCCUCCAAGUCAGCCAAACUUUCAAGCUACAAAAGCUGAACCCCAUGAAGAAGUUAUUAAAGAAGACGAGCUUGCACAGCUUUGCAAGUAUGAGAAACAAAGUGAGGAAGAGAAAGAAGAAGAAGAAAUCAAUGAUGAGCCGGAGAUGGCAUUCAAGACCACAGCUGAUAUUACUUCUGAUGGAAAUUCAGAAGGCUUAUCAUUGUGUGAAGAGGAUGAAGGAGAAGAAUUGGGGGAGAUGGUAGAGUACACUGGUCCCGAAUCUAAAGAGAAGAGUGGUCGCAAUACAUUUAGAUUGAGAACUUUGCUGAGAUCUGCAGGCUUGGCUGCAGCCACAUUCUCCAUCUUCAUACUGCAGAAAUCCAUGCCCAAGAACCAGAAAAUUCAUUUCAAGCUCUCCAAAAAUGAGAAACCUGAGCGACAGUUUCAGCAUCAGCAGGAAGUUCCAAAACUGUUGAGAGCCACAUCUCACAGUUCAUUUAGUGGGCAUUAUGAAAUGUGGUAUUAAUGUAUCUUAUUGAGCUUUCAAAUGAGUAAUUUGGGUCAAGAAUUAUGAAACUAUGGCUUUGUUUGAGACGGCUUUAUUAUUGCUUCUUAAAGCAACUUUUUAGUACAAAAAAUAAAAGCUGUUUUAAGUAGUAUGAAAGCCGUCCCAAACGAAGCCUAAAGUGCUGGAUGAUGGGUGUCAAUAAAGUUUGUUGAGAGGAAAUGAAUUUAAUAAACUCAAUUCUGCCUUUUUAUGGCUUUCAUGUGUUCAUAUAGCUACUUUGAAUGUUUAUUUCAAGAAAUUUAAUAAAUGUGAUGAA